UCGUUACGGCCGCUCUGGGGAGCUCAUUCAUUGACCAUGGCAUCUCUUGGACAACUCUCUUUGGCACUGUUGCUUUUCACCCCGACAGCUUUCGCUGCUGUCGCUAAGCCGCCUACGCCGGCUGGACAAGACUAUGCUCCUCGAUUUGUCUACAAGUCGAAGCGUCAAGCGACAGCUGACCUUACCCGGCCGCCUCAAUCGCCACCCGUCUUCAAUGAUACGGUGGACUCCCUCAAGAUGGAUGCACCAGGUCUCUGCAACCAGACCAAAGCUGUGCUGGACAAAUUGGCCGCCUCCGUGUCUCCGUUGAAUGCCACAUUCGCUAACACUUAUGGACCGAUUCUGGAGGAUGAGCACGAUGUCUUGACCAAGAUGUACAUCCAGCAAUUCUAUGCAUCAGUCUCCGCCGAUUCCGCUUUGCGCGAUGCUAGUAGUGAAGCGGCCUCUAUCCAGAGUAACUGUGCACUCGAAAGUGGAACCCGGGACGAUAUCUUCAAGCUGGUGGAGAGCGUCUAUAACAGCCUGAACACGACUCAAGGAAUCAACGGCACCAUCGAUGCUCAAGACAGAUACUUGGUCGACAAGGACUACAAGGGAUAUCUGCGCAACGGUCUCGCUCUGGAAGGAUCCCAGCGUGAGCAGUUCAAGGCUGCAAGGUCGAGGAUCACUACUUUGCAACUUCAGUUCGACCAGAACUACUCUGGCGACACUUCAGUCAUCUGGUUGAGCCCCGCGGAGCUCGAAGGUCUUCCUGAAGAUCACAUCAACUCGCUCGCAAAGGGAACCGGGGAGAAUGAAGGCAAGGUGGCUUUGACCUUCAAGGCCCCGGAUGUUACCCCCGCCUUGGCUCUUGUCAAGAACCCUGAUGUACGCCGUCGCAUCUACAUUGCAAGAGAUACCCGCGUAUUGCAGAACGUACCUUUGAUGAAGGAGGCUAUCGUGAAGCGAGACGAAGCUGCUCGUAUGCUGGGUUACGAACAUCAUGCUGCUCUCAAUCUCGAAAACAAGAUGGCGCACGAUGUUGCGACGGUGCAACCAUUUCUCGAGGGUCUCCGCGACCGCCUCUACGAUCGCGGCCAAGAAGAGAUCGCCGGCAUGAAUGAGUUGAAGAAGAAGGAUCACGAAGCGCGUAACCUCACUUACGACGGGAACUUCUACUACUGGGACCGCGACUACUACAACAACAUCAUUGUCGAGACGGAAUACGCUGUUGACCAGGUCAAGGUUUCAGAGUACUUCCCCCUCGACCGCACAAUCACUGCAAUGCUUCAGAUCUUCGAAUCCCUCUUCAGCAUGCACUUUGUUCAACUCAGCACCGCUGAUCUCGCCGCGCUUUCACCAUCCGGUAAUGCCGAAGAGAUGACCUGGCACGAAGAUGUCAUUGCUUUCGCGGUCUGGGAAGGUGACAACUCGGGCUUUGUGGGAUAUCUUUACAUGGAUUUGUACCCUCGCGAUGGCAAAUACUCGCACUUUGCCGAAUUUACACUCCAGCCUGGAUUCCAGAAAUCCGACGGCAAAUCUCGCCAUUAUCCCGUGGCAGCUCUUGUCUGCAAUUUCCCCAAGCCUCAAGGAAGCAACCCCGCUUUGAUGACACACGACGACGUUGUUACUUUCUUCCAUGAGCUGGGCCACGGUAUUCACGAGCUCUCUGGUCGUACCAAGUGGGCGCGUCUAUCUGGCACUUCCACUGCGCGUGAUUUUGUGGAAGCUCCCAGCCAGAUGUUGGAGAACUGGAUGUGGACGAACCUGACACUCAGCCAACUCUCGUCGCACUACAAAACCAACGAAUCCAUGCCCACCGAGCUUAUGGAUGCUCUCAUCUCAACCAAGCAUGUCAUGGAAGGUCUCCUAACUCUCCGCCAAAUUGCUUUCGGUCUCUUCGACAUGAAGAUCCACACUCCUGCCUCGCACGAGGAAGCCGAAGCGCUCGAUAUGAGCCUGGAGUACAGCCGAUCUAUGCGCAACACCACCGGUCUCAAGGGUCCUGAAGACCAAGGCGAGCCCGAAAACUGGAGCAGCGGCGAAGCUACCUUCGGACACUUGAUGGGCGGCUACGACGCAGGAUAUUACGGCUACUUGUGGUCGCAGGUUUACUCCACCGACAUGUUCUACACAGCCUUCAAGACCGAUCCCAUGAACCCUGCUACUGGAAAUAAAUACCGCCAUAUGGUGCUGGAGAAGGGUGGGUCGCAAGACGAGUUCCAGACUUUGGAGGAGUUCCUUGGCCGUCCGCCGAACAGCGAGGCUUUCUACAAGGAACUCGGUCUGGAGUAA